UAACAUCAUCAAGAAAACAUUCUAAAAUUCACACAAGAUGGCAAUUAGAAUCCAAGUUAUCCUAAUAGUCUCAUCGCUCCUUCUGGGUCUGGCCCUUCCACUGACAUUCGCGUAUGAUCAUGGCCCGGCCCAGGCCCAGCCCGUUGAGACGACCGUGGUGAUCGAAGGCAUGAUCUACUGCCAACGUUGUGAUACCUAUGGAUCAUGGUCAUUAUCAGGAGCUAAGCCAGUUGCAUCAGCCAAAAUUAGUGUUAUAUGCAAAGACUACAAGAAAAGAGUAAAUUUUUACAAGGCAUUUGAAGCAAAUGCAUAUGGUUAUUUCUAUGCAGAGUUACAAGGUUUCAAAAUGGGACAUUCUUAUCUUGAUCAUCCACUUCAUUCUUGUCGUGUGAAACUGGUGUCUUCUCCUCAAGAAAAUUGCAAUGUUUUUAGUAACAUUAAUUAUGGUCUUAAUGGUGCACCACUAAGAUUUGAUGACAAAGUAAUUGAUCGAAGUGAUUAUAAGGCUGUAAUUUAUACUGUUAGUCCGUUGGCUUUUCGACCAACUUACUGCCCUCCUAAAUAAGAAAGAAGUUCAGGCUCGUCGCUUUCAAAGUACAACUUUCAGAUAUCUUAGUAUCUAUUUUAAUGAAUUCGAAUGUUUUUUUCCAAAUAGCUUUCGGUGGUCAUUUUGCUUGGAUUGGGUGUUGAAUCUCUAUCAGUUGUCUAACCGGAUUUGUUGAUACUUCACUGUCUUGUCAACUAUGAGUUUGUUUUUGUUCUUUUUUUACUGGUCCAAUGUAUUAUAGCUCUCUACAAGAGUCUUCAUUAUGAUUUUUGUACCGUAUACUAAUCAAUAUCAAUGGUAUGUAUAUCUUAUGAUUUAUGGCAUGUAUACCGAGAGAUAUUCUUACC